CUUGUAAACAGUAUUGACAGUGUUAGGAGAAGAGGAUGGGCAUUAAUGACCAAAUGUGAGGUAUAUAACCAAAUGUGCAUUGUAUGAUAUUCGGAGCUUUUGGCUAUCGUAAGCUGGCACUCAGUCUGUUUAAUUCAACCAGAGUCUUACAAACUCUGGGUUGCAGACUGAGUAGUUGAGUUGAAGUUCGGUUUAUGAACAUUGAUAACAUCCUUCUCGUAACAGUGCGAUAGCCAGAAAAGUCAUUUUAUGUGAUGGAUUAUCGUCAGAAGAAGAAUUGUACUUUUUUCACCAUUGGAUUGAUAUUUCUGUUAAGUGGCAUCGAGUAUGCUGUCAUCCUCCCUACAAUAUGGAGGUAUCUCCAGAUUUUGGAGGCACCUCCAUACUUCCUGGGUCUGGGCUUGUCUGCGUUCAGUCUGAGUGGGCUGCUGACGGGCCCACUGUUCGGCCUCUGGUCCGACCGGACCCGAACUACAAAGAUCAUCAUCCUCUACUCCAACGUUUUUGAGAUUGUUGGUAGCUUCAUGUAUUUUAUGGGAUACUCAAAAUGGCUGCUGUUGUGCAGUCGACUUGUAGCAGGUAUUGGUGCAGGAGCAGGCUCCUCCAUCUUUGGCUUCCUCACGCGGAGCACCCGGCCAGAGGAACGCGCUGGCGUUUUCGCUGCCAUCAUGGCAUGUCGCCAAGCUGGCCUCCUGAUUGGGCCAGCAUUCAAUCUUUUCCUGAGGCUGUGCGACUUCCAGCUGGGACCGUUUGUGGUGAACAACUACACCUCUCCCGGGAUCUUCAUGUGUCUGAUGUGGAUCCUGCUCCAGUUUGUGGUGCUGGCCCUGUACUGGGACAUACCACCUAUCAGCUCCGGAGAGGGGGGUAUCGCUGUGGGAGAGAUCGAAGAGGAGGAGCCGCUGGUAAGGGCAGAGGAGACACCGGAGACCUACGGCACUGUCUGGGACGACCAGAUAGAGACAACCCUUUCCUCAGAGAUCCACCAUUUCCAGGACCCUUCACAGUGCCCUCCCUCGCCGCCUUCCUCUACCUCUUCCUCGUCCCCUCCUUCGACUAUCUCAAACCCCCUCACAAUUUCCAGUGCUAGUCAAGAGUUUCUGAGGGAGGAGGUGGUGGUGCUCCUCACUGCUCAGUUCAUCACCUUCUUCAACCAGACAGCACUGGAGACCAUGGUGACACCUCUGACCCAGCGCUCCUUUGGCUUCGGAGAGCUUGCCAACAGCCUGAUGUACAGCCUGUGUGGCGUUGAGGUGAUCCUGGGCUUCUUCUUGGUGCGUUGGCUGAGUCGCCAGGUGGAAGACCGCCUGGUGCUGGCCGUGGGGUUGGUCAUCUGCAGUGUAGCCUGCGUCUGGUGCCUCAUCUUCCUGGCCAACCCCCAGGGUGGGUACUCCUGGGAGUUGGCAACGUUCAUCAUCGGAGUGUUCCUGCAGCUGCUCGGGCUUCCCUUCGUGGCCGUGUCCCAGGUGUCUCUCUUCUCCAAAGUCACUGCAGAGAAAACACAAGGGUUCAGUCAAGGCGUGAGGCGCUCUGUCGCGGGGCUGGCUACUAUCCUGGGGCCUCUCUGGGCUGGAGGACUGACCGGUAACUUGUACCUGAUGCUUGGAAUGAUGCUGGCUCUUCUCCUCAUGAUCACAGUGAUGCUGAUACUAUCCUAUGAUCGCCUUGUUGAACCCAAAGUAGUGCAGCACGCCCAGAGCUCAGACAACGGAGAAUAGACAAGGGUCAUGUUCAGUAGGGAGAAAAUGUUUUGAAAUGGGGAGGCAUGACCUGAACUUGUCCAAUAAGAACACAGCUUCUGGGUUUCCGAUGCAACACAUUUUGCUACGGUAUGCACUACUGAACACGUCUUUGCUGUCAACUUGAAUGACAACUGAAGCCCUAAUAAAGGUCAAAGGUGAGGUGAUGUGACACGUACAGUAUGUCUCCCCACUACUAUGAGAAGGUCAAUGAAUGCACAUUACAAUAAAGGUGGUGUGUGUCUCAACUCUGCAAUGCAGAAGAGAUCCAACCAAUGACCUAUAGGCUUAUCCAACGCACUUUAAAGCUCUGCGGAGUCUAUUUUACGUUCACACUUUAUUUUGAUAGUCCAGUCAUACUAUCAACAAACGUAUCUGUUGAUAAGCAACUUUCUAACAUUUUUAUUUCACCUUUAUUUAACCAGGUAG